GGUGGCGCCGCACGGAGUUCGCCGCUUGUACCAGGACCGAUGCCAUCUGAGAUGCACGCGAUGCUGGCGACGCUGGCAAGGGUGGCAGCUCUGCGCAGAACCUGCCUCUUCUCCGGCCGGGGCGGCGGGAGGGGGCUGUGGACUGGCCGCCCGCAGUCAGAUAUGAACAAUAUAAAGCCAUUGGAAGGGGUAAAAAUUCUGGAUCUAACAAGAGUCCUGGCGGGACCUUUUGCUACUAUGAAUUUAGGAGAUCUUGGAGCAGAAGUUAUAAAAGUGGAGAGACCAGGAGCUGGUGAUGAUACACGAACUUGGGGGCCACCUUUUGUUGGGACAGAAAGUACAUAUUAUCUCAGUGUUAACCGAAAUAAAAAAAGUAUUGCUGUUAAUAUCAAGGAUCCAAAAGGGGUGAAAAUCAUCAAAGAGCUUGCAGCUGUUUGUGAUGUGUUUGUGGAAAACUAUGUCCCUGGCAAACUGUCUGCAAUGGGCCUGGGAUAUGAAGAUAUAGACAAGAUUGCUCCUCACAUCAUCUAUUGUUCCAUCACAGGGUAUGGUCAGACAGGUCCAAUUUCUCAGCGAGCUGGUUAUGAUGCUGUUGCCUCGGCUGUUUCUGGUCUGAUGCACAUCACAGGGCCUGAGAAUGGAGAUCCAGUUCGCCCAGGAGUAGCUAUGACUGAUCUUGCCACUGGCCUGUAUGCAUAUGGAGCUAUUAUGGCUGGAUUGAUACAAAAAUACAAAACUGGGAAAGGACUGUUCAUUGAUUGUAACCUACUGUCAUCCCAGGUGGCGUGUUUGUCUCACAUAGCUGCAAAUUAUCUUAUUGGUCAAAAGGAAGCAAAACGUUGGGGUACAGCUCAUGGCAGUAUUGUUCCUUACCAGGCUUUUAAAACCAAGGAUGGCUGUAUCGUAGUUGGAGCAGGAAAUAACCAGCAGUUUGCCACUGUGUGCAAGAUCUUGGAUCUGCCUGAGUUGAUUGAUGACUCCAAGUAUAAAACUAACCACCUUCGGGUACACAAUAGAAAAGAGCUUAUUAAAAUAUUAUCUGAACGGUUUGAAGAAGAACUGACCAGCAAGUGGUUACAUCUUUUUGAAGGCAGUGGAGUCCCAUAUGGCCCAAUCAACAACAUGAAGAAUGUAUUUGCAGAACCUCAGACAGAGUCUCACUCUGCCGCCCAAACUGGAGUGCAGCGGUGCAAUCUCAGCUCACGGCAACCUCCGCCUCCUGGGCUCAAGCGAUUCUCCUGCCUCAGCCUUCCGAGUAGCUGGAAUUACAGGCAUGUGCCACCAUGCCUGGCUAAUUUUUGUAUUUUUAGUAGAGAUAGGGUUUCACCAAAUUGGCCAGGCUGGUCUCAAACUCCUGACCUCAAGUGAUCUGCCCGCCUCGGCCUCCCAAAGUGCUGAGAUUACAGGCGUGAGUCACCGUGCCCAGCCCUCCUUUUAUAUUUCUAAGAAAAUUCUCAUGCGAAAUAAACUUCCUGAAGGUCUUACAUCACUCUGUGGUCACUAGUUUUGUUAUGUAUUCAUAAAACUAUAGAUUAGUAUAAUUUUUAGGCAGAGAGGACCUCAAAGUAUUAACUCUCCUGGUCCAUUAUCUACAGGAGGUAAGGGAUUAUCCCUGUUUUAUAAUUGAAGAGGUGACAUACAGAAUUCUAACUUUCCCAUGGUCACAUUUCUAGUGAUUAGAGUUUUAGGUUUAAAGAGUGAUUAAUCUUAAUAAAGAACUAUAAACAAUAUUAAUUAAUGAUUAUGAUUUAAGCAUUUCAUUUGAUUCUUUGCUUUAAGCAUUUCUCUAGGUUCAGGGUUUAAUACCAUCAUAUUUAAUAAUACUGCAAUAAUCCUGGUUAAUCUUAAAAUAGUCUCACUAGGGAACGUGUAAAUUAUAGGAUAUGUUAUUCUUUGAAUGAAUUUCAUCUACUAUUGUGGAAUUUGAGGUAAUGAAUCUGAAAACAGUUUGAAGGCUAUAAAGCACUUAACAAAUGUUAUUUUUUUCUUCUUUGUUUUCAUCUGUCAUUUGCUUGCCAUUUUCCUUAGAAUCUGGAGUAAUAUUCAUGCAUACAUUUGCAGAGAAAACUCAUAUCUGAUAUUUUU